AUGACAAAAGCAAACGGCAACGAUGUAGUGCGUGAGAGCCAGCGGAGCACGCAGCAACACGCGGAAGGCCCUGCGGCCAUGCUCGCCAUCGGUACUGCGAACCCGUCAGGCGUCGUAAUACCCCAGGACCAGUUCGCCGACAACAUCUUCCGCGUGACCAAGACCGACCACCUUACGGAACUCAAGGAAAGGAUGAAGAGAAUCUGCCAAAAAACCGGCAUCGAGAAACGGCACUUCCUACUGAACGAGGAAGCAGUUGGUGCCCACCCGGAUUUCCUCGACAGGGAGCUGCCAUCCCUCGACGCUCGCAUCGACAUGGUCGCUACGGCUGUCCCCAAGCUCGCGCACUCCGCCGCGACCAAGGCCAUCGCCGAGUGGGGACGCCCGGUCACCGACAUCACCCAUCUCGUCUUCAGCACCUACUCCGCCUGGCAGGCCCCCAGCUUCGACCUCCGCCUCGCCACACUCCUCGGCCUCCGCCCCACGGUGAGCCGCACCAUACUCAGCCUCCACGGCUGCUACGGCGGUGGCAGGGCGCUUCACCUGGCCAAGCAUCUCGCCGAGAACAACCACGGCGCGCGCGUCCUCGUGGCUUGCGCCGAGCUUACCCUUGUCUGUUUCGGCGCCCCCGAUGGGAGCAACCUCGUCGGCACGGCGUUGUUCGGCGACGGCGCUGGCGCUGUCAUCGUCGGCGCCGGACCUUUCCGUGAAGGUGAGCGCCCGCUCUUCGAGAUGGUCUCUGCCACCCAGACCACCAUACCGAGGACCGAGCAUGUGCUCGGCAUGCAGGUCUCGGGUGCCGGCGUAGACUUCCACCUCGGCAUCCAGGUGCCGACGCUGAUAGGACAGAACAUCAAGCAAUGCCUCGUAGAUGCCUUCAACACCGGAUCACUCGUCGAUGCUCCUCCGUUCUCUGAUUGGAACGACCUCUUCUGGGCAGUGCACCCGGGUGGCCGCCCGAUCCUUGACAACAUAGACACCGUGCUCAAGCUGGAGCCAGGGAAGCUGGCGGCCAGCCGACAUGUGCUUCGCGAGUACGGCAACAUGAGCGGCGCAACCAUCGUCUUCGUGCUCGACGAGCUGCGCCGCCGUAGGAAGGAGACGGAAGGCGAUAGUCCGCUGCCGGAGUGGGGUGCCAUGCUCGCCUUCGGACCAGGAAUCACAAUCGAGACCAUGGUACUGCGCGCACCUCCUCUCAACGAAAAUUAA